AUGUAUUUUUCAUGCGUUUACGAGGACUACUUCCCGCCACCCGGUUCAGUUAUUCGACCAGUCACUCUUCGCCUUGUGCACUUACGCCUGCCGCCGGGUUUCAGUGCAAACAGCAGACUUCCUAGGCCAAGCAAUGUUCACAUGUGCCACUUCAGCGAAGGAACCACCGUACUUGUCCAGAUGUCUGAUGGAACAAACGACCUUUUAACGAUCUACAGCAGUGACUGUUUUGGUACGCAGUCAAAAAUGAUCGAAAACGUGAUUGAAAUUCCUUUGUGCGGCAGAACAUGGGAUCUGGCACGAGUGCCGCCGAGAAAUUCGAUGAACACGCAAGCGCUCGAGUUCAGAAACGAAUAUGUGAUCAUCACUGCUCAGGGGAUUCAAAAAUUUGAGAAAAUGCGAUGCAUCGACUUUCUUCGUCAAAUUCUUUUCAAUUACGGACCUGAGUCUCAACAAGUGCAGUCUUUUUUCAAGUUCAACAAGGUAAAAAACGGUUGUGCAAUCACAUGUGAUUCGUCGAGGCCGGUGCUAGCUCAUGACGGUAGGGUGGACAUGCCAUCGAACUUUUUAAGUCUGACUACAAAAUGUGCUAACGAAAGUGCACCUGGUUUGUUGAAGAUUUGCUUUAGCAGUCGCCAUAACGCCUUUUACAUCUAUUUGUCGAGAUUAAUUGGCUCACUUUUGGACAAGUGCAUGGUUUACGAGAAAGACAUCAAGGACGCGUCUGGAAUGGUAUGCAAAAUGCUAGAGAGUUCAUUAACACCUAUCGAAUUGCGGUCCCUAACCGAAAGCAUAAAUGCAUUUCUGGCAUUUUUCAAAGUGGAUAUGUUGAUGCCGCAUUUGAUCCCAGAUGUUGCGCAACGGUCUGCACAACGGCGAUGCGUAACGGCGAAUAGUUCUCAGCGUCUCGGAACCACAGUUCGUUUCGAUUCGCCGACGUCCUCCAUCGAACGUCCGACGCGACAAGAAAUGCUGCAAGCAUUUAAAUUGGAAAGACAGUCACUUAUUUUGCUGAGCGAUUUCCUGCGGCAGUGCAGCGAGGUACUGAACCUGUGGUUUUUGCUUUGUGCGCACCAGUUUAACGUCGUCGUGUCCUCCAUGUCACCAGAAAGGCGGGAGUUUCUAAAGAAGUGUACUCUUCGAACGCUUGUUGUCGACGGACGCGAGAUCUAA